AGUCCCAACCUCAUGGACAUCUCUGAACCCAACUCUCGUCCUUCAGCUUUCCCAGCUGACUCCUCCAGCUUUAUCCUCCUUCCCCACUUAACUAGGCUCUUUGGACACUGCUGCAGCCUUUGUCCCCUCUCCCAGGCCACCUCAGAUUCUUUGGCUCCUUUGAUGAUCCGUCUCUGAAUCGCUAUGUAGCUCCGGUGAGUGCUUCCUUAAUUUUUCACACUCUGUCCCCGGUCCUUCCAAGUUACUCCCGGUACCCUUGACUCGAACCCGGAUCUAGAACUUUAAUCUUUCGGACCCCAGCUUGGUCUCUUCCUUCUAAUCCAGGCUCUUGUCCUUCAUCGUCUGUGAUCACCAAGCCUCAUCUUCUUGCCUUGUUCUUAGAACUCAUCCCUCCUCCGCACUCUUGCUGGCGACUCUGUGCUGCUGAGCUCCGAGGAAGAAAACCCCACAUGCACUAGGUCUCUUCUCCCUCCGAUCUUUGUAAUGCAAGGUGACUUUGUGUUAUUUCCACACUGCCUUUUCAGUCAGGGAUGGACUCUCCGUCUCUGCCAGCCUUGGUCCUGCUCAUCUGUCUAUUUUGCAAGUCAUAGUUUAAAUUUCACCUCUUCAGUGAAGCUCCCUCCCUGCCCUCUUCAGAGAGGUGCCUUCUCAUUUCCUAAGUGCCGUAGCACCGUCUCUACCUCCAGUCCUGGUGGAAUGGUUAAAAACCUCAGCUUUGGAGGAAUCAACUUGGGCUUCAGUUUUGCCACCUACUGUGUGCUCUUAGGCACGUGACUUGAUUUCUCAGAGUUUCAGUUUCAUCAUUUCUAAAGGUUCAGAGAUGGGCAGCGAGAAGGAGCAGCGUCCCGAAGCUCACCUGCCCGAGGAAGGAGAAGGGGCUAAACCUUGGAGAGUGGAUGGCUCAAAGGAUUCUCAGAUCACACCUCGGGAGGAUCAUGGGCAGGAGAGCCUGUUGGCAGGGCUCCACGGAACGCAUCCACCAAAGACAAGGCAGAAAGUCACUGCCCAAGCCGGAGGCCCCAGGGAUCCCAUGCUUUUUUCAAGCCCAGAGACAGAUGAGAAGCUUUUUAUAUGUGCGCAGUGUGGCAAAACCUUCAACAAUACCUCCAACCUGAGAACGCACCAGCGGAUCCACACUGGCGAGAAGCCCUACAAGUGUUCCGAGUGUGGCAAGAGUUUCUCCCGGAGCUCCAACCGCAUCCGGCACGAGCGCAUCCACCUGGAAGAGAAGCACUACCAAUGCGCCAAGUGUCAGGAGAGCUUCCGGCGGCGCUCGGACCUCACCACGCACCAGCAAGAUCACCUGGGCCAGCGGCCCUACCGCUGUGACAUUUGUGGCAAGAGCUUCACUCAGAGCUCCACGCUGGCUGUACAUCACCGGACCCACCUGGAGCCAGCCCCUUACAUCUGCUGUGAGUGUGGGAAGAGCUUUAGCAACAGCUCCAGCUUUGGGGUGCACCACCGUACCCACACGGGUGAGAGGCCUUACGAGUGCACUGAAUGCGGGCGGACUUUCAGUGAUAUCUCCAACUUUGGUGCACACCAGAGAACGCACAGAGGGGAGAAGCCGUACAGGUGCACCCUGUGUGGGAAACACUUCUCCCGGAGCUCCAACCUCAUCCGACACCAGAAAACACACUUGGGCGAGCAAGAUGAGAAGGAUUUUAGCUAAAGGAGAGGCCUGCUUGGAGAGUGAGGGAGAGCAUAGAGCCCACCUUGAUGGGUGGAGGAGGCCUUUAGUACCUGCUGUGGCCUCCAAGACUACAAACCCUUCACUUUGCGGAACAGCCCCUUCUUGCCUUUGCAGUCAGGAAAUCCUGAGAAGGGGCUGAGUAAACACCCUGCCUCUUCCCAGCAGGUUUUUUUUUUUUUUUUUUUUUUUUUUGCCUUGGAAAUUCAGAGUGCCCACUCUUCAUUUCCUCAGCUGUGGGGGAAAUGGGAUGGGCUCAGGACAUGCUCUUGUGACUGGGUCAUCAGUCAUCAGUCCCCAGGCUUUGGGGGUAGUGCCUGAGACGGUGUCGUUGUCUACAGGUCCUCCAAAGUUGUCUAGCUUCACACACACACACACACACACACACACACACACACACACACACACACGGCAGUAGCCUGUGAGUUCCUACCUGCUGUGCCUCAUCCUGUGUCAGCCUCUAGAGCCUCAGGCUGGGGAGGGGGGGGGGGCAUGGCCCUCCUGGUGACCGGCCUCUUCAGUCUGAGAAGGAAGCCUCAGGGAUCCACAAUCCAGGGACCCUCACCCUCCCAUGCUUGUUACCUGGUUUUCUUACCCCGACUUGUGUCUGUCUCCUCAGUGGUCACCAGUAAAACACUUCAGUGAAAA